AUGGGGAAGGGGGGUUUGGUUGGGAGGGUUGUGGUGGGGGGUUUUGGUGUUUGUGGGGGGGGGGUUGGGUGUGGGGGGUGGGGGUUUUGUUAUUUUGGUUGUAGUUUGUGUGUUGGGGGGAUGGAGAGGGGGUAUUUGUUUGGGGGAUUGGUUGAGUGGUGUUGGGGGGAUAUAUGGGGGGGUGGUGGGGGGGGGGUUGUUGUGUUUGGUUGGGGGGGGUUGGUUGUGGUGGGUGUUUUUGGGUUUGUUGGGGGGGGUUGGGGGGUUUUGUUGUUGGGGGUUGAAGGGUGGAUGUGUUGUUUGUUUGGGGGUUUUGUGGGUGGUUGUGGGUUGGUGGUGGGUGUAGGGUGUGUUUGUGGGGUUGUGGUGUGGGAGAGUGGUGUGGGGGUUGUUGUUUUAUUUGGUGUUGGUGUGGGUGUUGUGGGAUGGGGGGUUUUGAUUUUUAUGGUGAUGGUGGUGGGGUGUGGGUUGUUGUUUUUUUUGUUUGGGGUUGGUGGUGGGGGUGGGGGUUAUUUGUGGUUUGGGGUUUUGAGUGGUGGGUUGGGGUAUGUUGGUUGUUGGGGGGUGUGGUUGUGUUUAUGUUUGGGUUUGGGGGUGGGGGUUUUGUUUUUUAGGGGGAGGGUGAGGGGGGUGGGAAUAUGGGGGGAGGGGGGUUUAGGGGGUAGUGUGGUGGGUGGGGGGGUGGUGUGGGGGGGGGGGGUUUGGGGGGGGGUUGGGUUGGUUGGUUGGGGUUUUAGUGGGUGGAUGAAGGGUUUAUUGGGGGUGGGGUUGUUUGGUGUUGUGGUUGGUUUGGGGGUGUGUGGGGGUGGGUUUGGGUUUGGGGGGUUUGGGGGGUGGUGUGGGGGGUUUGGGUUUUUUUGGGUUUUGAAAGGGGUGUUGUUGAGGAUGGGUGUGUGGGAGGGGGUGGUGGGUAUGGGGGGGGGGGGGGAAGGGGGUGUGUUUGGGGUUGGGUUUGUGGUGAAUUAUGGGGGUGGGGGGUGGGUUUUGUCUGGGGUGGGUUUGUGGGGGAGAGGAGGGAGAGGGUGGGGGUUGAGGUUGGAUUUUGGGGGAGUUGGGAGGGUGUUGGGAGGGGAUUGUGGGGGUGGUAUGGUUGGGGGUAGUUUGGGUUGGGGGGUUAUGGGGGUGUGGAUGUUUGGGUGGGGGGGGUUUGGGGGGUGGGGGGGUGGGGUGGGUGGGUUUUGGGGGGUUGUUGGGUUUGGGUGUGGGUGGGGGGGUGGUGGGUGGUGUGUGUUGUUUGUUUGUUGUUGUUGGUUUUUGGUGGUGUGGUGGUUGGUUUUGUUUUGGGUUUUGGUGGUGUGUUGGGGGGGGGGGGGGGGGGGUUUUUUUUUGGGGUGUGUUUGUGGGUGUGUUGGUUGUUUGGUGGGGUGGGGUUUUGUUGAUGGGGUGGUGGGGGUGGGGGGGGGGGUGGGGGGGGGGGGGGGGGGGGGUUUGGGGGGGUGGGGGGGUGGGGGGGUGGGGGUGGGUUGUGUGGGUGGGGUUUUUGUUUGGUGUGGGGGGGUGGUGAUGUUGUUUUGUGGUGUUGGUUGGGGGUGUGGGGGGGGGGGGGGGGGUGGGUUGGGGGGGGGGGGGGUGGUGGGGGGGUGGGGGGGGGGGGAUGUUGUGUUUGUGUUGGGGUGGGUGGGGUUGUUUUGGUUUGUUUUAUGUGGUUGGGGGUUGUUUGUUUGUUGUUGGUGUUGGUUGGGUGGUGUGUGUGUGAGUGGGGGGUGGGGGGGGGGGUGGUUGGUGGUGGUGUGGGGUUUGUGUUGUGGGGGUGUGUUGUGGUUUUUUUUUUUGAUAUGGUGUGUGUUGGGUGGGGGUGGGAGGAUGUUUGUUAGUUUGGGUUGGGGGGGGGUUUGGGGGGGGUUGAUUUUUUGGGGGUUGGUUUAUGGUGGGGGGUGGGUGGUUGAUGUUGGGGGGUUGUUUGGGUUGGGUUGGGAUGUGGGUUGUUGGUUGGGGGGUUUAGAGGUGGAUAGGGGGGGGGGGGUGGGGGGGUUGGUGUGGUUGAUUUGGGUUUGGGGGGGGUGGUGGUGGGUGUGGUGUGUGGGGUUGGUGGGUGGGUUUUGUUUGGUGGUUUGGUGUGAAUUUGGGGGUGGGUGGGUGGGGUUUGAUGUAUGGGGGUUGGGAGUUUGUUAUGUAGAUGGGAGGGUGGGGGGGGGGGGGGAUAGUGAGGAGUUGAGUGUGAUGGGUAUAUGUAUGGGGGAAGGGGUUUUGGGGGUGUUGUGUUGGGGAGGUAGGGGUGUGGGGUUUGUGUGUUUUUUGGUGUUGGGGGGUGGUUGGGGGGGGGGGGAUUGUUUUUUUGGGAAUAUGUUUGGUUUUGUGGUUAAUUUAUUGGGUGAAGGGGUGUGUGGGGAUUUUUGUGGGGUUGGGUUGUGUUUGUGUUGGUUGGGUUGUUGGUGGGUAGUUGUUGUGUUGUUGUGGUUUUUUUUGUGGUAUUUUUUGGGGUGGUGGGGGGGUUUUUUUGUUAUUUUUUUGGGUGGGUUUGGGGGUUGGGUUUGGGGGUUGUGUUGUUGGUGUUGUUUUGGUUGGUUUUAUUUGGGGGGGGGUUUGGGGUUGUGUAGGGUUUUUGUGUUUGUUAUUUUUUGUUUGUGUUGGGUGUGGGGGUGUGGGUUUGUUGUUGGGGUGGUUGGGGUUGGUUUGAUGAUAAUUUAUGGGGGGAAGGUAUUGUGUGUGAGGGUUUGUGUUUGGUGUUGUUUGUUUUUUGUUUGGGGGUUUGGGGGGUUUUGGGUUGGUUGGGGGGGGGGGGGGGGGGGUUUGGGGGUGGAUGGUGUGGGGGGGGGGGGGGGGGGGGGGGGGGGGGGGGGGGGUGUGUUUGGGGGGUUUUUUUUUUGUUUGUGUUUUGGUAUAGGUGUUGGGGUUUGUUUUUGUUUUUGGGUGGUUGUUUUGGGGUGGGGGGGGGUUUGUGUGUUUGUGUGUUUUGGGUGUUUUUUUUUUGGUAUUUUUGUGGGGUGUGUGUGUGGGGUUGGGGGGGUUAUGGUUUGUUUGGUUGGGGGGGUUUUUGGUGUUGGUGUGUUUUGGGGGUGGUUUUGGUGGGGGGUGGUUGUUGGGGUUUGUUGUGGGGGUGUGGGGGGGGGGGGUGGGGUGUGUGGGUGGGGUUUUGUGGGGGGGGGGGGGGGUUGUUGGGGGGGGGGGGGGUGGGGGGGGGGGGGGGGGGGGGUGGGGGGGUUUUGGGUUGGUUUUGUUUUGGGGUGUGGGGGGGGGGUGGGGGGGUUGUUGGGUGGUGGGGGGGGGUGGGUGGGGGGGGGGGGGGGGUGGGGGGGGGUGGGGGUUGUGGGUGGGUGGGGUGGGGGGGUGGGGUGUUUUGGGUGGGUGUGGUUGUUUGUGGUGUGGUGUGGUGGGUGUUGUGUGUUUUGUUUUGUGUGUUUUUGUUUGGGGGGUGUGUGGGGUUGGUGUGGGGGGUUUUGUGGUGGGUUGGGGAGGGUGGGUUGGGGGGGGUUAGGUUGUUGGGGGGUGGUUGGUUUGGGUUGGUGUUGGUGUGGGGUUUGGUUGGGUUUGGUGGGGGGGUGUGUUGUGGUUGUGUGGUGUGGGGGUUGGGUGGGUUGUGGGUUGGUGGGUGUGUGGGGGGUUUGUGGUUGGUUGGUGGGGGUGUUGGUUUGUGUGGGGGGUGGUGGGGGGGGGGUUGGUGUGUUGGGUGGGGGGGGGGGGGGGGUGGGUGUGGGGUUGUGGUUUUGUGUUUGGGUGGUGGUGGUUGGUGGUGGGGGUUUGGUUGGGGGGGGUUUGGUGUGGUUGUGGUUGUGUUUGGGUGUGGGGUGGUUGGGGUGGUUGGUUGUGGGGUGGGUUUGUGGGGGGUGGUUUGUUUUGUUGGAUGUUGUGUGUGUGUUUGGGUGGGGGUUGUGGGGGGGUGGUGGUUGGGGUGUUUGGGUGGGUGUUGGGGGGGGGGGGGUUGGGGUGGGGGGUUGGGGGGUGUGUUUGGGUGGGUGGGUGGGGGGGGGUGGGUGGGGGGGUUUUGUGGUUUUGGUGGGGGUGGGGUGUGGGUGGGGUUGGUGGGUGGGGUUUUGGUUUGUGGGUUGGUUGGGUUUGUGUGGGGGUUGGGUUGUGUGUGAUGGUUUUUUGUGGGUUGGGUGGGUGGUGGGGUGUGGUUUGGGGGUGUGUUUUGUUGGGGAGUGGUGUUUUGGGUUUGUGUGUGGUGGGGGGGGGUUUGGUUGGGUUGGGGGGGGUUGUGGGGUUUGGGGGGUUUUGUGGGGGGGGGGGGUUGGGGGUGUGGGGGGGGUUUUGUUGGUGGGUGUGGUGGGGGGGUGUGGUGGGUGGGGGGGGUGGUGGUGGGGGGGGGGGGGGGGGGGGGGUGGUGUUUGGGUGUGGUGGGGGUUUUGGGGAGUGUGGGGGGUGUGGGGGUUGUGUGGGGUGGGGGGUGGGGUAGGUGUGGUGGGUUGGGGGGGUUGGGGUGUUGGUGGUGGGGGGGUGUGUGGGGGGGGGGUGUUGGUGGGUUGGUGGGUGGGGUGUUUGGGGGGGUGGGGGUGGGGAGGGGGUUGGGUGGGUUGUGGUGUGGGGUUUGGGGUUUUGUGGGGGGGGUUGGGUGUGUGUUUGGUGUGGGUUGGUGGUGGGGUGGGUUGUGUGGUUUUGUGGGGGGGGUUUUUGGUGUGUUUUUUUUGGUUUUUUGUGGUUUUUGUGUUGUGUUUUUGGGGGGGGGGGGGGGGGAUUGGGGGAGUGGGUUGGGUGGUUGGUGUGGUUUUGGGGUUUUUGGUGUGUGGUGUGUUGGGUGUGGUUUUUUUUGUGGGGGGGGGGGGGUGUUUUGUUUAUUGUUGGUUGUUCGGGUUUUGGGGGGUUUGGGUGUGUUGGUUUGGUGGGUGGUUUUGUUUGUGUGUGGUUUUGGUUGGUGUUUUGUUUUGUGUUUGUGGUGGUUAUUUUUUUGUGUGGUUUUUGGGUUGUUUUGGGGGUUUGGGUGGUGGUUGGUUGUUGGUUGUUGAUGUUGGAUGUUUGUUUGGGGGGUGUUUGUGGUGUUUGGGGGGUGUGUUGGAUUUAAUGAUUUUGUUAGAAUGUGGUUUGGGGGUAGGGGUUAUGAGGAGGGGGGGUGUGUGGUUUAUUUGGUGUGGGGGUUUUUUGGGGUUAGGGUGUGGUGGGGUAAAUAUGGGUAUGGGGGGGUGGGGUUAUAUUGGGGUGGAGAUAGAAGGGGUGAAUUUGGUGGGGGUGGAGAUUAGGUGGUGUUUGGGUGUUUGUUGGUGGGUGGUGAAGGGGGUGGUGGUGGGGUUGUUUGUAGUGAAUAGGGGUUGGGGAAGGGGAUGGAUAGGUGGGGAGGUGAUGGUGGUGGGGGAGGAUGAGGGGAGAGGGUGGGGGGGGGGUUGGGGGGGGGGGGGGGUGGUUUUUGAUUUGGUUGGGGGGUGGUGUAUAUGGAUGGGGGGUUUUUUUGUGGAUGUGGGGGGUGUUUUAAUUGGGUGUUGUUGGUGGUGUUUGUGGGGGGGGGGGGGGGUGGGGGGGUGUUUUUUGGUGAGGGGUUGGGGUGAUUUUUUGGUUGUUGGGGUUUAUUGGGUGGAGGGGUGUGGGGGUUUUUUGGGUUGGUUGGUGUGUGUGGGGUUUUUUUGGUGGUGGGUUUGGGGGGGGGGGGUUUGGUGUUGGUUGUGGUGGGGUGGUUUGGGGGUUUUUGGGUGGGGUGGUUUGUGGGGUGGGUGGUGGGGGGGGGGAGGGGGGUGGGGGGGGUGUGUGUUGGUGGGGGUUUGGGUGUGGGGUGUUUUGGUGUGGGGGGUUGGGUUUUGUUUUUGGGGUGUGGGGGGUUGUGGGGUGGGGGGGGUGGGGGGGGGGUUUGGUGGGGUGUGGGGGGUGUGUGGUGGUGGUUGGGGGUGGGGGGGGUGGGGGUGGUGUGUGUGGUGGGGGGGGGGUGGGUGGGUUGGGGUUGUGGGGGGGGGUGGGUGGGGUGGUUUUUUUGGUGGUUUUUGUUUGGGGGGGGUUGGGGGGUGUGUUGGGUUUUGGGGGGGGUUUGGGGGGGUGGGUGUUUUUGUGGUUGGUUGGUGUAUGGGUGUGUGUUUGGGGGGGUUGUUUUUUGAUUUGGGUUGGGUGUUUGUGUUGGUGUUGGUUGUGUUGUUUGUGGGAAGGGUUUGUUGGGGUUUGUUGAUUGUGUUGGUGGUGUGGUGUGGUUGUGUAUUUGUUUUGGGGGGGGGGGGUUUGGGUGUUUUGGUGUUUGAUUUUGGUGUUUGUUGUGGUGUUUUUGGGUUUUUUUGUGGGUGGGUUGGGAUGGGUGUGGAGGGGGUAUGUGGUGGGGGGGGGGUGUUUGUUGGGGGUUGGGGGGUGGGUGGUAGGGGUGUUGGGAUUGAUGUGGGUAUGGGGGGGGGGGGGGGGGGGGGGGGGGGGGGGGGGGGGGGGGGGGGGGGAUGGUGGUGGUGGAGUUAUUGGGGGGGGGGGUUGGAGUUGAGGGGAGGGGGGGGGGAGUUGGGUAUGGAGGGGGAUGGUGAUGUGGUUUGGGGGGUUGGGGGUGGGGUGUGGGGGGUGGGGGGGGGGGGGGGGUGGUGGGGGGGGGGGGUGGGGGGGGAAUGGAUUGGUUUAUGUUUUAAUUUUGGGUUUUGUGUUUUUUUGGUUGUUUUUGGUUGGGGGGGGUGGUGUGGUGGGGGGGUGUGUGUUGGGGAUUUGUAUUGGGUUGGAGAUGGGGGGUUUUUAGUGGUUUGGGUUUGGUUGGUGGUGUGGUUGGUUGUGUUUGGGGUUUAUGGUGGUGUGGUGGGGGGUUGGGGGGGGUGGGUGUGUGUGUUUUUGUUAUGGUUGGGGGGUUUUUUUGUUUGUUAUGUUUGUUUGUAUUUUGUUUUGGGGUGUUUUGUUUUGUGGGGGUUUGUUGUUGUGGGGUGUGGUGGUUGUUGUGGGUGUGUUUUGGUUUGUGGUGUGUUUGUGGUGUUUGUGGUUGGUUUUUGGUUGGUGGGGGGGGGGUGUUGGUUUGGUGUUGUUGGGGUAUUUUUGGAGUGUGGUUGGGGUUAUUGUAGUAUUGUGGUUGUUUGGGGUUUUGGUGUUGGGUUUGGGGUUGUUUUGGAGGGGGGGUGUGGUUGUUUUGUGGGGGUGGGGUGUUUGGUUGUGGGUGGUGUGGGGUUAGGUGGGGUUGUGUUGUUUGGGGGUGUUGGGUGGGGGUUGUUGUGUGGGGGUGUGGUGUGGGGGGGUGUGUUGGUUGGGUUUUUGGUGGGGUUUGUUGGGGGGGGUGGUGUGGGUUUGGGUUUUGUGGGGUGUGUUGGGGGUUGGGGGGUGGUGGGUUGGUGGGUUUUUUGGGUUGUGGGGGGUGGUUGGGUGGUGGGUUUGUUUGUGUUGGGGUUGGGUAUGUUUUUGUUUGUGGGGGGGUUUGUUUGUUUUUUGGUUGGUGGUUUGUUUGGUUUUGGGGGGGUUUUUUGUUUUGGGGGGGGUGGUGUUGGGGUUGAUUUUUGUGUUUGGGUGUUAGGUUUUUGUGGUUUUUGUGGUUUGUGGGUGGGGGUGGUUGGUGUGGGGGGUGGGGUGUUUUUUGUUGGGUUUUGUGGUUUAAAGGAGUGUUGUAGGGUUUUUUUUGUUGGUGUUUGUGGGGGUGUUUUGUUUUUGGUUGGGUUUUUUUUGGGUGUUUGUUGGGUGUUUUGGUUGUUUGGGGUGGGUUUUUUUUGGUGGUUUGUUGUAUUGGGUUGUGGGGGGGGGGUAUUUUUUUUGUUGUUUUUUUGGGUGGUGUUGUGUUUGGGUGUUGUUGGGUUGGUGGUUUUUUGGGGUGUGUUUGUGAUGGGUGUGUUGUUGGUUUGUUUUUGUGAUUUGUGGGUUGUGUUGUGGUGUGGGGUUUGGUUUUUGGGGGUUUGUUGUUUGGUUGUUGUUGGUUGUGUGGUUGGUUGUUGGGGUUUUUGUUUGUUUUUUGUUUUAGUGUUUUUGGUGUUUGGUGUUUUUGGGUUUGUGUUGUUUUUUUGGUUUGUGGGUUGUGUGUUUGAUGGUGUUUUUGGGUGGGGUUGGUUUUUUUGUGUUGAUGUGGGGGGGGUUGUUUUGUGGUUGGGGUGGGUUGGGAUGUGUGUGGUAUUUGGGGGGAUGUGGGGUGGGGUUGUUGUGUAUUGUUUGUUUGUUGUUGGGUGGGGGUUGGGGUUUGGGGUUGUUGUUUGUGGUUGUGGGUGGUGUGGGUGUGUUGGAUUUGUUGUGGUGUGUGGUUGUGUGUGUGGUGGUUUGUGGGGUUUGGUGGGGUUUAGUUGUGUGGGUAUUGUGAUGGGGUUGUUUUUUGGGGGGUUUUUGUAUUGUGUGGUGGUGGGGGGGGGGUGGGUGGUUGAUGGGUGGGGUGGGUUUUUGGGGGUGGGUGGGUUGUGGUGUUGGUGGUUGUGUUUGGUUGGUUGUUUUUGUUGUGUUGGGGGUUGUUGUUUGGAGUUUGGGGGUGGGUGUGUUUUGGGGUUGGGUUGGUGUGUGGUUUGUUUUGGGGUGGUUUGGUUUGUUGUUGGGGUUUUAUUGUGUUGGGGGUUGGUUGGGUGUUGGAUGGGGGUUGGUGGGGGGUGGGGGUGA